GCCUUGGUGGUGAAAUGGUAGACACGCGAGACUCAAAAUCUCGUGCUAAAGAGCGUGGAGGUUCGAGUCCUCUUCAAGGCA